AUUAGCACUUAGCCGCUCCACUAAUAUAGGAAACUAUACUAACCAUAUACUAAACAUAGCAGUGUUAUUUCCUCCAGCCCUUCUUUGGCUGUGAAAGCGUGUCAACAGAAGCAGCUAAUGUUUCUAUUAGUGAUCCACAGGGACAGACAGGUAAAUACUAUAAUAAUAAUAUAAUAUAUGAUAUGUAUCUUGUCUUCUCGGGCUGACUGACUGAUUAUUGUCACCAAGUGUGUGUUUCUGUGUUCAUGUUGAUCUGUUAUUUGGUUUCAGCUCAAAAAGGGGAAGAAAAAAUGAGUGAUGUAGCAGGAGAAGAUGUGGCCUUAUUCUUUAACCAGUUUUCAGUUACAAACCAGACUGCAGUCGAUGGUUCGACUAGCUGUGAAUGGAACGACACCUCAGCCAACUGGUUCUUCAUGGUGGUCUACAGUCUGGUGUUUCUGGUGGGUCUCCUCCUCAACGGCUCCAUCAUGAAGUUUUACUUCUGCCGAGCUCAGCAGGAGGCUUCCAGCAGCAUGAUGGUCUACCUGAAGAACUUGGCAGCUGCUGACUUCAUGCUCUGCCUCGGUCUCCCCAUCCGCAUCAUGAACUACGCCAGCAGCUCCGGCACCAUCCGACUGGUCCACUGUUACUUCGGUGCAUCUGUCCUCUACCUCAACAUGUACGCCAGCAUCAUGUUCAUGGGCUACAUCACGGCUAACAGGUAUCUGAAGGUCGUCCAUCCGUCAGGAAAUCACAUCCUGCAGACUGUGCGAGCCACUCACAUCAUCUCCACUGUAACCUGGGUUUUCCUCCUGGCUGUGAUGAGCGCCUUCGUCAUCUUAUCUUUUCAAACCCAGGAACCUUUGACCUCUGUCCCACGUAGCUGUGCCUCGUUGCACAGUGACCAGCUCACCAUACUCUACCAGAUCAUUCAUACCUGCUCAGCCACCAUGUUUCUGUUGGUCCUCGUCUCCCUGGUCUUCUUCUACUAUAGCACCUCCCGCAUGCUGUUACAGGUCCAGCAGAGGCAGCCGGAGUCCUUCAGCUCCACAAAGCUUGAAAAAUCACGCCGUAACAUACUCGUGCUGGUCAGCGUCUUCUGCUUCUGCUUCGUCCCUUACCACCUAGCUCGCCUCCCCAAAGUUUUCCUGGGGAUGCAUUGUUCAGGGAGCAGAGUUCUCUUCUAUGUGAUGGAGCUGAGCAUCGUGUUGUCCGUUCUCAACGUCUGCCUGGACCCCAUCAUCUACUUCAUCCUCUGCAAGAGGUUCAGGACCCAGCUGAGGCUGGGGCUGGUGUGUGGAAAGUCACAGCUACUGCUCAUAACAAAAUGGCAUAGUAAAGGAAAAUGUAAUCUUUAAAGUUAAUGUAUGUUUCAUUUUAUGAUUGAUAUUACUUGCAAUUUCAAUUUUAAAGUCCUCCUCCACUCAAAAAUGUGUUUUCAUAUGUUUAGGUCCAAAAAAUGUCUGAUGUUGACUAUUCUGACUGAUGUCUGCACACCCUACAAUCUGAGAUUCAAAUAUAAACAACAGGGAAGUUAGAUAAGGUAGGUCGCUAAGACUAAGACUCGUAAAACCUGAAACACAGGACGGAGAACAGAGAGGACUUUUCAAUACAAACACACUGUAGCAUUGUAGCACAUUUCACUACCACUCACUCUGUGUCAGCCACUGCCCAUUAUAAGUUUGCUUGUCAUCAAUUUUGGUGCACAACAGACACCUUGUUUGAGUCUGGAGGCUCACCACUGUUUCCUCUAACAUUGAAAACAGACCAGAAUGCAUCUCUAUUGCUAUAAUCUACAGAAUUUC